AUGGGCGAACACAGAGAUCCGCCUCACACCAAGGCUACGGGGGGUAGUGAGGCAGAGGCGACGGUUUCUGCUACGGGGAUGCCACGAAUCAUCCCACGUCAUCGCGAUGAACGCACCUCCGAGGAGCAGGAAUAUGUCGACGAGAAAGAUGGAUCUGCACCUAGCGAGAUGGAUUCCGACGCUCCCUCCGAUGCGGAACACUCGUAUCCACCCACAGGAUCACUUACACUCGCCGCAUUCAACCCUUAUUCAACCAUCCCGCUUCCCCGCCGUCUGGCUCUCAUCUCUUCGUCGGUAGCCAUCAACUUUGGCCUACCGUUCCUAAACGGCGUCAUGCUUGGAUUCGGCGAGAUCUUUGCGAGGGUUAUUCUGGCCCCCGCCCUAGGCAUCACGGGUGUCGGUUGGGCAGGCGAUACCGCUAGAGCCGUCGCAAAUUGGAACUGGCUCCCAAAAUCUAAAACAUCAGCAGGCAGCGGGCAAGGACAACAGUACCAAUCAACAGGAGAAUUCGACGAUUGGUCAACCCAACAGUCCAACCCAACCCAACACUUUGAACUCUAA